UAGUUGCAAUAACUUGUCAACAAUUUUCCUCGGGGCCCUCGCGUUCAAUGGCAAAUCUUUAGAUCGUCGUCGUCGCCCCGACAAAGACGAGUAGCUCCCGCUACUGCUACCAUAGCGCAAACAGCUUCUUUAUGCUCCUCGCAGGCGGCUGUUUACACUCACUGAUACAUAAUACCGUGGCACUUCGGACGUUUAUUUAAUAAAAAGAGACGGAAAGCGAUGAAUAAUGAUGAAAAAGAAUAAGUAGGCGAGGUAUUUCGACGUGAGGCCCUCGAGUUUGUUGGCAGAUGUUCGUGUCGAUCGGCCGUUUGACAUUUCCACGCGUUUAAGAUCUCCUCACGCCGAACCUCAUUGGAAGAAUAAGGAGAAAGAGGGUGGGUCGGAAGCUUGUGAUCACGAUGCAGUUGGAACGUUGAGGUCGGAUGGCGCGCCACGGCGGUGAAUUCGGGCCCCAUAGUCUGCCGGCGAUGCCCGUCUCCAGGAACAACGGCCACUCCUCGCCACUCGACUCUCGCAUACCCCGGCUGACGCCCUCACCGUCGGCCCUCCGACGCUCCUCGAGUCUCUGGCUACGGGGCAGCAAUGCCGCGGGCGUCCUAUCCGCCGGGGCCGCCUUUCAGCAUCACCACGACUUCUUUCCCGUUAUUAAGGAGAAUGGCAGCGAGACACCACGAAGAUCAUCAUCCAGUUUGUCGCUGACGCCGUCGAGGCGGCGAACGCACCCGCGGGCGGGUGUCGGCCACGGCGAAUGCAACGAAGACUGCAGCGAUGCCGAAAGUCUCAAGAGCUACGGGAGCAACUACAGCACGGCGAGCGCCUGCGACCACGCGAGUUUCGCCCGCAAUGGCACCACUUGGUCCGGGCGGUCACGGCGUUACGUUUUCCACUGCGCCACCCAUGCCAGCAGCAACGACGAGUACCUCACGCCCACGCAAAGGGCCACCAGACAAGUGCGCGAGCUCCAGGCGAUGCUGAAGAGGGCGAGGAUGGAGAUCGAGGAGAAGGACCGGGAGAUCGUUCAUUUGACGAAGGAGGUGGUCGAGCUGCGCCUGUACAAGGCCUCGCUCAACAGCCCGGAUGAGAAGACCGACAGCAGCGAGGCAGCCACCAUCCGCGAGAUGAAACCCUUCUCGCCCGAUUCACCGUCCCGGGGGGAGCUUCUCCUCGACGACUCGUUCGUUACGAGCCCGACGACGAGUCCGAGGACGAGCCUGAGGACGAGCCCGAGGACGAGCCCGAGGACGAGCCCGAUCACGAGUUCGCGCACGCCCGACAAAAAGGAAUCCUCACUCGUCGACUCGGGCCACUUCGAGGAUGGCUCGAUGCACUCGAAGGAGUCGACGACGGUCGCCACCGAUCCCGCCAGUGUCGCCAACGAGAGUUACGCCUCGACGGCGGCUGGCAGUCUCAGCAUCGUCCACGACGAGAGCAUUGAUCUGCUAUCGGUGUCGUCGGUUAGGGAUGCCAGCUUGCACGACCACGAGACCAAGAGGCUCGUCGAUCACUACGAGCGCAGGAUCGAGGAGAUGCAUAGGAGACACGUCGACGAGACGCAGCUGCUCAAGCAGAGCCACAAUGACAAGGUGGAAAGCCUUCUGAAUCAAUUGUCCGAAGUGAGCAUGCGCUAUUGCCAGGCUCGCCCGUCCUUAGAUGCAGCGGAGGCCCGAACCAAGGAAUUGGAGGCAGAGCUUGAGGCUUUGCGCGCUCAAGUCGAUGAACAGAGAGCGCUACUGGCUGAUCAGGAGGAGCAAAAUAAACAGAUGUACCUGAAAAUGUAUUCCAAAGGUCAGGAGGCGGCUAGAAUCGAGCAAUCCGCCGAUCAGCUUCACGAGCCGGCGCAAAUGAACCCGGGGCAAGUUACCGUGGCCGAGCUACUUCAGCAAUUAGCCGUGACGAAAGCCGAAUUGGAGAAUAUUAAGCCAUUCCAGGAUACUCGAAUUCGAUCAAGCUACUCGCCUGAACCUCUUACUUUGGCCAAUCGUAGCCAAAGUUUAUUAAGCGUACACGAGGCUGUUUCUCUCUGGGUCCUUGGCACGCGUAAGGUAAUGUACAGACGUAUCGUGGAAUCGAAAAAUACCAAUGGAGCUUUAGAUCCGGAAAUUAAACUGCAGUUCCUCAAGUCAGCUAUUUAUUAUUUCCUCACGGACAAAGAAAAUCUUCAUGUACAUUUAAACGUUAUUGAGAGUAUUUUGGAUUAUACAAGCAUAGAAAAGCUGAAUAUCGACAGGAUUUAUGGUUCAGUCAGAAAGUAAAAAAAAUUAUUUAAAAAAAAAAAAA